AGAAAUACACGCUUUUUCUGUUGUUGUUAUAUUUUUGCGGAAAUUUAACAGAUAUUUCAAUCGCACUGGUUUUCUCAGGACCCAGAAACAAGCCAACACUUGUAGAUAUGAAUUUCAAGUACCAAUGCGCCGACUUUUCGCAGUUUCAGGAACAACUUAAGAAAAUGCGAGAUCUGGAUGACAAAAUCAUCUACGCACUGAACACAUCGAUCCCGACGGAAUCGUUCAAGGGUCAAGUGAAUGCCGAAGUCAAGUGUCGGGAACUGCACGACCAACUGGAAUCGGGCUACAAUUAUCGCCAGGAUGCAAUCAAGCAGUGCAUCGUUACUUGCGCUGAUACCGUCAAGACCCUUAAAGACAAACGUGAAGAAAAUCGAGAAGAUGUUGCAGUAAACAAGCAGUUCAAAUCUGAACAACGAAAGCUGAGAUUACUACAGGCAGAACUAAGUGUGGAAGAUAUUAUUCGAGAGCGAACACAAAAAACGUUUCGUGAACGCUGUAGGCUGUUUUUCCGGUUUGAUUCUAUGUAAAAUAGUAUAACGGCGACCGAAAGUCUCAACUCAGAUACAUUGCAAUAUCGCAAAUUCAGUCGACAAAAUUUGCACCUUUGGUGAACAGAAAAGCCUACGCAUUUAUUGUGCAUACGCAUAGUAUAGAAAAGUGCAAAAAGACCGUGCUGGUUAAGGUAUGAAAACAGUUUUUAUAACGAUUUUAAUGUUUCAAGAGAAGGCUUCAAAAAACUACUAGAUUGCAGUCCUUUCCACAGUAAGCAUGUUAAAUGAUGUUAAUUUUUGUAGUAAAAUACACUAGUUGUCUAACUUUACCAAGGCGA